AUGAUGAGUGACUUAUUAUCCAACGACUCAUCCUUCCUUACCCUGAUCUUGACUGCAGGCGCGUUGAUUGUCGUACCCAGCAUCAUUUUCUUCUCAUCGUCAAAGGGCAAUAAUGACAAUAAUGACAAUAAUGACAAUAAUAAAUCCAACAUCCCGUGGGCGCCUGGAAGGAUUCCGUUGCUGGGACACGCGCUGAAGUACAAGAAAGAUCCUGGACGGUUCCUACUCGAUUCGAGCGCGGCAGUGGGUGACAUUUUCAAAAUCAACUUGGCCGGCAAGCGAAUGGUGGUGGCAUGUGGCCCAAGAACGCAGCGGAUCAUCGCAACCGCACCUGAAUCAGUCUUUUCGGCACGGCAAGCAGUCGCGGACGUUGGCUUUGAACAAAUGUUAGGUCCACUCAACGUGCACAAGGGCACCGAUUUACACAAGGGAAUUGUCAAGGGGAUGUGGCAUGAUGAUGCUGACGCACAUGUUCGUCUCCUGAUCCAAUCCAUUCGGCAAGCGCUACAGGUUGAAUCUACUGAAUCGAAACGGAUUCAACCUGAUGCUAAGAAAUACAAUGCAGAUUUCAUGAAAUUCAUUCGGCGGGUGCUCCUCCGAACGACGAUUGAUAGAUUCAUUGGCUCCUUCUUUCUCGAUUCUUGGGAAAACUUUGAUUUUAUUGACGUCUUUAUGAAGUUUCAAGAUGACUUGGAAGAUGUCACGGCCAAAUCUGUCAUACUCCCUAGAUUUCUCUCCUUGCCGCUACUGCUGUGGCCAUUGGCCCGGCGACGACAAAAACUACAGAUAACAAUUGCGGAACGACUCAAGAAGACGAAACCGGACGCCAAGGACUGCGGCUUUUGGCUAAACGAGGUGCAAACUACUCGUACCCAUUCCAUUGAUGACAUUGCGGAGUUUAUUGUUGGAUUGCUCUUUGCAGCUCACAAGAAUCCAGCUAUUGGAGCGGCGCAGAGCUAUCUCAUGUUGGUCGAAGAGGCCACCAUCGAGGAGAUGGAUCUGUGCAAGAAAGAAGCUCAAAUGCUUGUAAAGAAUCCUAGUUAUCAAGCGGUUCGAGAAUCGUGUCCAUUGCUACGCCGGCUGUGCUUGGAAUCCUUGCGUCUCACGGCCCACGCGAUUGGUGGAAUACGAACGGCACAAAAAGACUUUGAGAUUGGCAAUAAUACGGGCAAAGUCAUUACCAAGGGUUCCACGGUGGCGUUGACGCAUUUAUCAUCGAGCCUCGAUGCCAAAAUUUGGAAAGAGCCGUCCAGGUUCAUCCUCGACCCCAAAUCCAAAGAACGGUCCGAAGAACUCUACAAGAACGAGUAUACCUUUAGUGUAUUUUCCCACGGGGUCCACAAGUGCCCUGGACAACAGUUGGCUGUCGUCAUGCUGGAGUGCACUGUCGCUUUGCUAUUGGACGAGUACGAGAUUGAAUUUGUGAAACCACUUCCUCCCAUUGACUUUGAAAGAGCAACGUUGGCCCAACGCAGCGGUCCCGUCUUGUUUUCAUUAGUAUCCAAUAGAAGCGAAUAA